GCUUAUUUUAUCUUAUUCUACGUCAAAUAGUUAGACCCCUCAACCCACAGAACAAACCAAGCACAUUACCAUUCCUGCUCAAUAGUGACUUUUGGGCAUGGUUUAGACCACUUACACAAACCAUUCGCCAUGCCGGGCCUGGCGCGCAAAGUAAUCAUCUGCGCCGCGGUCGACGGGCUGGUGCUGCACCCGCUCAACUCGCGCAGCAAAGACCAACAGCAGCAGCGAUCCGCCGCCCUCCCCCCAAUCCGCAUCAAGUACGGCGACGCCUCCAUCUCCCCCGCCCCGCGGGACUCGGCGCCCGAUCCAGCCUCGCUCCCGCCAAACUCCUCCUUCGAGGCCUUCGGGAUCGUCGGCCUCGUAACCGUCUUCCACUACAGCUACCUCAUCUCCAUCACCCGCCGCCAGCAGGUCGCUUCCGUGCGCGGCCUGCCCGUCUACGUCGUCACCGAGGUCGCCCUCACCCCCUGCACGUCGCAGCAGGACGCCGCCCAGGCCAUCGCCGCGACUGCGGCCGCCCAGGUGCGAGGGAGGAGGGAGGAGGAUAAUAAGAGUGGUGGUGGUGGUGGUGGUGGUAGUGAGGAGGAGCUGUCAACUGCUGGUGCGAGCGGGGAUGAGACCGGGCCGGAAACGGGGGGUGGUGGUGUGAGUGGUCGGGGGAGUGAUGAGGUUGGGGAUGAUGGGGAGGUGUUGAGUGAGUCGGAGGCGGCGACGGCGGCGGCGGUUGCUUCGGGGAGGCGGAGCAGCGUUGCGCAGGAUGUCAUUGGGCGGAAGGGGAGUUAUGGGCGGUUUGCCCAGCGGUGGUUCAGUCGGUCUGGGUGGGCGGCGGGUCAGAAGCGGUCGAUGGGGCUGAGCGCGGAUGAUGGGCCGGCUGGUCGUGGUGGUGGUGGUGGUGGUGGGAAUAAUGGGAGGGAGGGUAAAGGGGCGGUGCCGACCAAGUUCGGCGUUACUGCCGACGCCGACGCCGACGGUACCGCGGCUGCGAUUAGCCUGCUGCCGAAGCUGUUGAGGACGAGUCAAAUCUUGUUUGGAUCGAGCAAGACGUUCUACUUCGCCUACGACCAGGAUAUCACGCGGAGUAUGGCGAACCCGAAGGUGCCCGAGACGCCGCUGGUGCCGUUGCAUGAGCAUGUCGAGCCUGCCUAUUUUUGGAAUCAGAACAUCAUGCAGCCGUUCAUCGAUGCCGGGGUAGACAGCCUCGCUCUGCCCCUGAUGCAGGGCUUCGUGGGGCAGAGGACGUUUCUCGUGGAUAGUCACCCUCCGCAAGACGAUGGCGCUCAUAAGGAUUCUGUCGAGCUUAGCGACUUCGCUUCGUCCAGAGCUGCGUCGCCAACACCACCAGAAAAGGCUACAGCUGAUAGGAGGCCGACGGAGAAGGAAUUCGAUAUCACGGUCAUCUCGCGCCGUUCCGUCAAACGCGCCGGGCUUCGGUAUCUCCGCCGCGGGAUCGACGAGGAGGGUAACGUCGCCAACUCGGUCGAGUCGGAGCAGCUUCUCGCGCCGGCGGAUGCGGCGUGGGAUCCUAAGGCCAAGGUGUUCUCGUUCGUACAGACAAGAGGGAGCAUUCCGUUGUUCUUUACACAGUCGCCGUAUUCGCUCAAGCCAGUGCCAGUCAUGCAGCAUUCGGUGGACUCCAACUUUGCGGCACUAAAGAAGCAUUUCACGGGCCUGGGUAAGCGGUAUGGUUCGGUGCAGGCCGUCAACCUAGUCGAGAAGCGCGGCGUUGAGGCGCCGUUGGCUGAGUUGUACGAGAAGAGCAUACAGCGGUUCAACGAUGAGGCUCAAACGGAGGCGGACAAGGUCAAAUUUGAGUGGUUCGAUUUCCAUGCCGUCUGCCGCGGCAUGAAGUUUGAGAAUGUCUCCUUUCUCUUGCAGAUCCUCGGCGGCCAGUUGGAGAAUUUCGGGAGCUCUGUCUCUGUGAACGACCGCUUAGAGGCUCGGCAGAAAGGCGUGCUGCGGACAAACUGCAUGGACUGUCUCGACCGGACCAACGUUUGCCAGAGCUCGUUUGCCAAGCACAUGCUCGACUUGCAACUCAGGGAACAGGGCUUUGACAUGGGUGUGCAGGCAGACCAGGAGAAUGCCUGGUUCAAUACCCUCUGGGCUGAUAACGGCGAUGCCAUCUCCAAGCAGUACGCUUCCACGGGCGCGAUGAAGGGUGACUACACGCGGACGAGAAAGAGGGAUUACCGCGGCGCGCUAACUGACGCCGGGUUGUCCUUGACUCGGUUGUUCAAUGGCAUGUUUAACGAUUUCUUCCUCCAAGCUAGCAUCGACUUCCUCCUCGGCAACGUCACCUCCCUCGUGUUCGAGGAGUUCGAAGCCACCAUGAUGACCAAGGACCCGGCUGUAUCAAUGCAGAACAUGCGCCAGCAAGCCAUCGAGCUCUGCCAAAAGCGGGUCGUUGCUGACGAGGAUGAGGAGUUCGUUGGCGGCUGGGCGAUGCUCACACCGAACGUGUCCGACACGGUGCGGAGUGCUUCCUUGGAGGAGGCCGUCCUUCUCCUAACCGAUGUGGCGCUCUAUCUCUGCCGGUUCGACUGGACUCUGGACAAGGUAUCCUCCUUCGAGCGUGUUGAUCUGGCCCACAUCCAGAAAAUCAAGUUCGGCACCUACAUCACGUCAACCAUUUCCCCCGCCCAGCUCGACGAUAUGCGCAACGUUGGUUUGGUGGUUGAGUACAAGCCUGGGCUAACCGACAUCACCCGCGUCAACACACGCUCGUUGUCCUCUGUCUCUGGCGCGCCCAAAACCCAGGGACCCGAGGAAACUGACAAGCAAGACGCUGAAUCCGCGCCCCCAGCCUUAGGCAUUGCCGGGUUUCUCACCCGCCGCCCGCAGACGGCAGCACCACGGAAGAUUGCUCUGAAGGCACUGCAUAGCCAGACAUCUGCCGCUGAUCCCAUGGCGAAAAACAAGCAGGCCGAUCCAGGGGCCAUCACCCGACUGACGGAGAUCCAACAGGUGGUGCUAAUUGCGGCCGAAAUCGAGAGGCUUGCAAUCCAAAACCAGCCGCGGUUGGCGAGCAAGAAUACUGAGGAGACCAGCCUCAUCGAGAAGGGUGAUAUCAUCUCCUUGGCGGAAGCGAAGAAAAAUACCACCCUUCUGGAACAGCUGGGACAUUCGAUCAAGAAGUUGGUGUGGGCAUAG